AAGGUACCAUGAGGGGGUCCAUUUUCACAUUAUUUUGAGAGAAAAGCCAAAUAGGCUAUCCCCUCACUCACCCUCUCCCAUUAUUUCGGCCAAAGAGACCCAAGAGAGAAGGAUAACUCUUGCAACCUCAUCCUCCAUAGCCAAGAACUGAACUCAAGCUUAAGGAGUCCAAAGAAGGGGUUUUUAAGAGGGAAAAGUUGGGAGAAAGUGUGAAAGAUUAAGGAACUUGAUUAAAGUGUUUUUGAGCUUCGCCGGAGUUUCACCGGAGUUGGUCAAAGUUCGCCGGAGUUGGUCAAAGUUCACCGGAAUUAGUCAAAGAUCGAUCGAGAAGCGUAGGACACGCUUAAGCUCACUUAAGUUUCAAGUAGGAGCUGAGCUUGCUACCAGUGUCCGUUGCUCCGGGAGAAUUCAAGGAAGGAAGACGUGGUUCGUGCUUCCUCCGUUCCUGUUUUAAAAACAUUUAAAUUAAUGCUCAUGGAUAUUAUAUUUUGAAUAAUCAUUUGGGGGCUUGUAUGCCCAUGUUUGCCAAAGUGUGGCACGAACGCUCGUACUAAACGUUUCCGCUGCUUUGAAUGAAUAUUUUACAUUAUGUUUGUUUAUGGAUGUACUAUGUGUGAAUGAUAUCCCAGACGCCUUGUAUAGUAUGAAUGUGUUGGACUGCGGUUGACUAUUCGUACUGUACGGCGGAUUGUUGACGUGUCCGGAUAGGUCCGGGGCGUGACACCUGGCCUGGGUGUCUGGAUGGGAUGCAAUAGAAGCACGGAAGUGGUUGGAUACUGUGACGCUGAUUGGGCUGGUGAUAGGGCAGAUAGAAGGUCUACAACUGGCUAUUGUACGUUUGUAGGUGGAAAUCUUGUGACUUGGAAGAGCAAGAAACAGAAAGUGGUGUCUUGCUCUAGUGCUGAAGCAGAAUAUAGGGCUAUGUUGAAGCUUACAAAUGAGUUAGUAUGGAUCAAAGGGAUACUGAAGCACUUGGAGAUUAAGCAAGAAACUCCUAUGACUAUGCAUUGUGAUAACCAAGCUGCUAUACACAUUGCUACCAACUCAGUCUUCCAUGAGAGGACAAAGCAUAUUGAGGUUGAUUGUCACAAGGUGAGGCAGAUGAUCGUCUUGGGAGUUAUCUUGCCAUGCUACACCCGGAGUGAAGACCAGUUGGGGGAUGUUUUCACCAAGGCUGCUAGGCAGAAGACUAUGGAGUCCAUUCACACUAGAUUAGGACUCAUAGACCUCUCACCAAGAAGGAGCUGAUCCCUUAGUCAUGAAGUCUUUACUCUUUUUCCCUCAUCGAGGUUUUGUCCCAAUGGAUUUUCCUAGAUGAAGUUUUUAAUGAGGUAGAGUUCAUGGCUUUCCAAGCUUGACUUGUCCGUGUGUGGGUCAAGCUUGAGGGGGAGUGUUGAGUUUACGUUGGUUUUAUAGGUUUCUUAACCAUUGUAUUGUGAUGGGUCACUUUGUUAUUGGGCCUGGGCAGUGUGGCCCAUUUAUUUUGUGCAUCUGGUUUCCCCUUAUCUUUUGAACUCUCUUCUGUAUUGUUUUAUCGGAUAGUUAUGCAGAACAGGUUUUUCUAGGGUUCUUGUUCUCAAUACAUCAUUCUCUGUUAUUCUCU